AAACAACGAGUCAAGAUCGGCCAUGGCGGUACGUUAGAUCCGAUGGCGGAAGGUGUGCUUGUGCUUGGAAUAGGUAAAGGGUGUAAGGAGCUGGAAGAGUACUUAAAGGGCACCAAAGAAUAUUUGGUUACAGCCAAAUUCGGAGAAGCUACGGACACAUAUGAUGCAACAGGCACAGUAAUUAAAAUAGAAAGUACCGACCAUUUAACACGAGAAUUGGUGAUGAAAACAUUACCUUCUUUCAAAGGAAAUAUUACACAGGUUCCACCCAUUUAUUCUGCACUAAAGAUACAAGGGAAACGAUUGUACGAUUAUGCCAGGAAGAAUAUAGAAUUGCCGGAACCGAUUCAGGCUAGAAGUGUUUAUAUUGAGGAAUUACAAGUCAUAAAUUAUAAUAAAAAUGUAUUGGAAAUGCGAGUUGUAUGCGGUGGAGGCACUUAUAUGAGAAGUCUGGUACAUGAUAUAGCGGUAUCGAUGGGAACAUGCGGCCACAUGACAGAAUUGAAAAGAACGCGACAAGGAAUAUUU